AUGACUGGAUCUAGGGAGGAAGAAGUCACCAAUGGGAAAGAUCAACCCGAAGUAUCAGAAGGUCAGUCCGAUCCCACGAAGGAAAGUUCUCAAUCUGGAAUCCCGUUUGAAGGAAUAGCCCAUGUGUGGGGAUACUCUGUCCUCCACUUUGAUUUCCGUUCAUGGAUAGGCUCCUCAUGGUUCAGCACACCAACAGCACCUGGAACCCUGAGCUCCUCAGGAGGGUGGGGAUUGUACUUCUUGGAUCAGCUGGGGGUGUGGACAUGCGGAGAUUUUUGGCCAUGGGUUGCCAGAUGUUUGUUUAGUGCCAUCGUGGUUUUGGGAGCAAUUUUGAUUCUCUACUUGCUAUUGGUUAUCUGCCGGCCCUGUCAAGCUUUCUGCAAAUGUUGCUGCAGACAGACCAGAGCAGUAGCCAAAGAGGUGGGGGAGCUCCUCCCCGAACUUAGACCUGGGGGCACAUACGAAAAGCUGGAUAUCCGUGGACCCGCCUCUAGCGGGGGCGUCGAUUCCGAAUUCUACCAACGAGGCGUCAAGGGUCGAGGUUCAGAAAGAAAACCCAAUGACGUAGCUGUUGUGGUGAAUGACCAAAUAGCUCGCUUGAAGGUAGACGGGGAUCAUUGGGCACGUGUGGAUCGAUACGGGUUAUGGGUUCGUCUCCGUGGAGUGAAGGGUUCCACGUCGAAAGCGCUUCGCCAAACGUUGGAACAGGAGGGGAAAAUCCAUCUCUGUCGCGAGCAGCGGUGUCCGCUUGAAUUGCAACCAACACCCGGUCUACAUUGCAAAGCUUACGCUUCGGUGGAUGCCAAUGGGCUGGUGGAUUUGGGAGCUUAUGCAGGGUGGUCCACCCGCAGGGUGAUCGUCUUGAUGGGUCGAUGGCUACGUAGAAUGGUGCGGGGGCUUAGUCUCUGCGUGUACUAUCUGACGGGAUGGUUCAUUCUCAGACAACUCUGGGCAAAGCGGACACCACCCAGAACCAUAGUCGAAGGAGCCGUCGUCAGACCCUUGGAUGCGGAAUCUGAAUCUGAAGUAGAGGUACAAGAUGACCCUUGUGAGGCCGUAUUAGUCGGUUUGGAACAUGGAGGCAAACCGAGAGCAUUGGCCACAGACCCAUGUGCAGAUCGGGCUAUCGGAGAGCCGGUCCGGCUCCUGGAGAGGGACAGAGAACUCUCUGACGUCAAAAGGAGAUCCUCCGUCAGGCUUUGCGACCAUCAUCGGCAGCUCUACGUCGCGGCAUGUUCAAGCCGAAAAUGCAGCGUGUUGGCUUGCUACGAACAGGUUGAUGGUGCCAAACAGGGAGUUCCCCUCUGCAAGCACCACCUGAGGGACCUUGGUGGUUGUGCUCGCCCUACCCGCAGGGUUAGCUGGACACAUGAGAGAGAUAGCUCCAUUGCACGAUCCGAGGCAUCUAUGUCCGAAGGAGAAUGCCUCACCCCUGCACGAAGAAGCCGCCGGAUCACCUUUGACGGCGCUGAACGACUUGGGCCCAGGGCUGCUUCGGCCGAUCCUAGUGAAUCCCAGAAAAAGAUUGAAGGCAAGCUUGAGAAGGGCCCGUGCAUGGUGCUCCUCAGACCAAAGUCAUUACAAACCGCGGAGGCCCCACCCAGGUGGACUUCAUGGUUGGGGUGCAUCGAGGGGUUCGCCGAAGAAGGGCGCAGCCAGGAGCUGCUCGAAGUCCACAUCCCUUCCUUGAAGCAAACGUGUGUGAUCCACAGAAGGCUGUUGAAAGGGUCCCCUCGAGACAACGGGGCGGGUCGAAUUAGUAAGCAUUGGGUGCAGAAGUUCCUUCAGCAUACCCAUGACGAAGAAGUCGGCCAAGGGAUAUCGGUCUUGGUCGCGCGCCUGUCCGAAGACCAAGCAGCGGCCCUGAAUGCCUGGGACGGUGAGGUGACGGAUGAAGGAGCGAAGCCAAGUAAAGCCUGGCAGGGGAGACUCUACCGGGAGAUCCUCCCACAUGCUGAUGCAUAUUUGCGUGAAGAAGCUGAGAUGUCCGACGACUUUAUGACACCGCCAAAGCCGAAAGUCGAGCUGGAAGAGGGUGCGGGACCGGCGAUUCCACCCUUCCCAGACCUAGAUGAUUCAGAUCGCCAGGGAAGAAUGGAGGCGGCUCGAAGAGCUCUUGACCAGCACAUUGAGGGAGAGAUAGAUUCCGAAGUGUUGCAGACCGUGGCCACUGCCUUCGACCUAGAUCAUGAGCAACUCGCUCAGUCGAUGUAUGCGAGGAAUCACCGCCUUAGCUACUCGAAGCCAACGACACCACCAGGAUUGGGAGCCGACCAAAGCGAAAUGGAGUUUGCAAGAAGACCCGUGACGGCAACUAUGCCAGGAGGAGUGACCGUAAAGCCAGCAGAGCUCCUCCUCAAUCCCCCCAGUCUCGUGAAACCAGCAUCAGAGCAGAUGCCGGAUGGCAGAGCAGGAGCCACGUUCGGAGAAGCCCUCGGAGACAGCACACAAGUCCAGAGCGCGGACCGCAUCAUUCACGCCAUCGACGGUCUGAGAAGAGCACAGGAUGACGACAAAAACCUCACGAAAGGGACCUUGAGUUCUAUCAAAGAGGCGGAGAAGAUGGACGUCUUCCUGGCACGAGGCUGUGGCACCCUGACCGUUGAACUCGCACCGGGAGUGUACGGGAAGGAACUUUUCCACGCGGGGAAAAGGGUGGCAAAUCACGCUCGCCAUAUGCUGCACUUGAUCAAAUGGCCGGUGCUGAUGACCAACAGGGUCCUACUUGGCAUCGCUGGUCUGUGGUGGGGUGGCAAAGACACCUAUACCUUGCACGCAAGUGACUGCGUUACCGCUCGGUCCGAGCAGUUGGACAGUUGGAAUCCGUCCUCCGACAACAAGAUCGAAAAUCGCAUGAGACCACCAGGAGUCUUCAACACUUGGCUCAGAACUGCGAGAAAGCAGAAGGAACUCUGCUCUCUGCUGGGGACCGAAAAUCCACGGCUUGAAGACCUGAAGCUGCUAGCUUUGGCGCCGGGAGCGGAUGGGCAAGCAAACUUCCAGUUUCCAAGCAUAUGGGAUCUGGGCGACCCGAACGGAUAUUACCAGACAGUUAUGGUACCCAGGCAGCAAAGGCAAAUGUCGAGGCUGCUCCACAAGCAGCUGCACGACCACAACCUCAAGCAGAAGACAGGGAAAGCCCCAAAGCUUAACCUGAAAGACAAAGAGGCCGAUGGAUAUGCGGGCGGCAGCGUGAAAUCAGCCUACCCAGCUGGAAAACGGCUUACACAAGGAGAAGCUUCACGGUCCCGACCCUUCCGUCGGCCUCUUUGGGGUCGUUUGAGUCCUCCUCUUCGAAUGGCCUGCAUGGCAACUCGAAUACCCUCACAACCCACUGAGCAAGAAGCCGCUCCGGCUUGGGAUGACCAGAGCCAAGAGGAGCGGGAAAGGCUGAAACGAUGGAAGUCGCUGGAGGAGAAAGGGGUUCUGGCGGCCUUGGAUUCGCCCACGGAUUAUCUCAGGCCCCAUGUGAUUGCACGCAUGAUGGCAGCACAAGAUGAAGGAUAUGAACUGGAGCUGAACCGGUGUCUCGAAGAUGCGGCAGAACAUGGACAUCCCGCGCUCUCUAAGGAAGCCGGACGUCAACGUGAGCUCCUCAAGCACGAGCCGAAAGCGGGUCACCAAGCGGAUGUCGAAUUUACGCCCAUCACAUGGGACGAGGGUAUUGGUCAUGGCCUGUUGAACUUUCAAGGAAACUUGUCGCAUAUCGGCUCAGUCACGGUCCGUGACUACCAGGAUCGCUUGAACGCAAAAGACAGCGAGGUCCCACUGCAAGACGGGCAGUUGGAAGAAGAGCGCCAAUGCCUGCUUCUUCAUGUGGGUGUCGGGUUAGCGUUGGCCGAUGAUCCUGUAGAACUACGAGAGGCCGUAGCCAGAGCCAACCAGUUGAGAAAACAUCUCUGGGAUGAAGCAGUGGAGGCUCACGCACACCUUGGCGAUCCGCCAGCGUGGAUACCUGAGGGCGAGCACUUCUUGCGUCAAAACGUCCAUGAUUGCCUCUUUCCUCACCACGAGAAAGACUACCGCGCCUUGCAAACCCUCACAAUCCAUGCUGCAAGGAUACACGUCGACUUGCUCCAUGGAGAUGAUGCUGGCAAUGGGAAGCUAGUUUUCGUUACCAUCCACCGGGGGCAUAUGCGCCUGCUUCUUCCACAACAGCCCCAGCAGCUGUUGGAUCACCUGAGGACUGCAGACAAGGUCACCAGGGAACUUCAGGUUGAACAUUGGAGGGUGAUCUUGGACCAGAGCAAAGUGGAGGAUCAGAUGGUUCCAGCCAAGUCCCCCGCCUGCACAAGAUGCCAGCAACAGCAGCAAAGGCCUUAUCGUGUUGGUGAAGGAUUCCCGUUGCCACCGGCUUCAUUUGAGUCCUGCUUGCAGGAUGAUCCACAGGCUCUUCAAAACAGCGGUGUGCCUCUGCGAAAAAGGCUCGCCUUCGCCUAUGGGCCAAUUGGUCAAGAGGUGUACGCUGGAUGGGCAGGAUGGACCAAGGGGCUUCAGUACCAGGGGAUCCCGUGCGGAGAACCCAUUGAAUACUAUGAGGACCCGAUCGAGCAAAAGGGCUUUAAGCCGCAGCAUGAUACCCGUGACCCGAAGGUCCGAGAACGAUUGCUGGGAUUAGCUGGUGCUCCACCAGGGCCCGAUGUCCCCAACACUUGGCAGCUUGGAGUCGUUUGUACUUCCUUCUGCGACCACCAGCUGAAGAACGGUGGCAGCAGGACCUGGCAACGCCCACAAGGCGACGGCACUCGUCCCUCUGAAGUUCAAGGAAAUGAAGACGCAGAGUUCGCAGCCGAACUUUGUACGGUUCUGGCGGACAACGGAAGAGUCUUCGCAUUGGAGAGUAGCGCGCCGUCGGGCCGCUAUCCCAAGAUAUGGGACCUGCCUUGUAUGCAGAGGCUCCGCCGCCGCACCGGCGCAAAAAUUGUCUCUAUGGCCUAUGGCUAUGUGCGCUUGGGGAGUCGGCCCGACUCACCAGCACGCACCCUUGAAGGGACCCAGUCCAAUUCUCAAGUACCUCUCACUCGACUGGCACAGCAAUACGCACCAGCUUUGUGUGCAGCCUGGGGUCUGGUAGUCCGAGCAGCCUUUGAAGAAUGGAGCUGGACAACAUAUCUGCAAGAGCACAGCGUGCUCAAAGCCCUAGAGAAAUGUUGGACCGAACUGGACGCACCCCCUUGGCCGGCUGAUCCAGCCAAUACGUUGGAGCGAACCCUUGGCCAACAUUUGGCACCGGUGGUUGCUGGCCAAGCGGAUGGACCAGGCCUCCCACAUAGCUACACCUGUUCAGGAUGCGAACUCCAACAGAUGGUCUACCCUUGUACGUUUUGUGGGGGGGAGGGGUCUGUUUCCGAUCCCGAAAAGCAAGCUGAGGGGCAGGGCACAAGGGCAGGCAGCGUCGACGACGCCAAUGGCCAAAGCACUGCUGAGAAAUACUUGGAGGUAUGCCAGAGUGCUUACAGCAAGGAGGCAGUGAGAAAAGCCAGAGGCAGGCUGAGGAAGUAUGGGGAACACUUCCGGAAGGCAAAGGAAGGAGCAUUGAAAGGGCUCAGCCCCCUACACGAGCAAUACUUGAAAGACUGUGUGCUCAAGGGCGUGCCCAGCCGAGCUAAGAGUACCCCCAAGAGAGAGAAGGCCCGAAACCACGGCUCCAUCAGGGGGCACGAGGAAGAGAUGCUGCAGAAGGCAUGGAAAGACGCAUCUUACGGGGCAGUACUUCUGUGUUCCACAGAGACCGAGGACCAAGAAGAAAAUCGGCAAAUCGACCAGAUACUGACCGAGAGCAAGGUGGCCGAGAGCCCUCUCGGCCGAGUGCCCAAGCAAAACCCCGACAGAACCAUCUCAGCGGAAGGUCGUCCCAUCAACGAUAUGCGAGCCAGGAAUGCUUCGGGCUCCAAAUACGACCACCCCCCCGCCGCUCAGCCUAGGCACAGAGCAGUGGUCAGGCAAAGCCUUUGGUGGAGGGUGCGACACCCGAAGGUUCCACAGAGGUGUGCGAAACGCGAUGUGCCAAGGGCUUUCAAGUGGCACUUCCUCAAGCCGGGCGAUGUCCCUGAAUUCUGCACGAGGAUUCUAGGUGUGCUGAUCCUGAGUCUGGUGAUGGUGUUCGGUUGGGUAGGAGCGCCAGGGGAGUUCGUGAUAUGGGCCACCGCAGCCCAAAAGCACCACGGGUCGUUCCGACCAUGCCAUCCUCAAUUCAACGAUGUGGUGCCCUACACCAGCCGAUGGCUGAUGGAUGACGGCGUGGUGGUAGAGCCACUAGUGGGGAAUAGGAUCCAGAGAUCCCUGUCAGCAAUGGAUGCAGCUAUGGUAUCAGUCUGGGGCCCUGGAGCCAUCAAUCUCGACAAGCUCGCCGAAGAAGGCACCCCGGCAAAAUCCCAGCUCCUGUGGGGCCUCCACCUAGACUUUGAAGAACAGGUUGUGGUCCUCCCGGAACCGAAGCGAAUAAAGGCGAAGUAUCUCCUAAGAGAGCCUCAGCUUCAAAGGGGGUGCCAACGAGUUCGUACCAAGCUGCUCCGAGAACUGGCAGGGACAGCGCAGUAUUGGGCCGUCUCCGCUCCGGAGAUUGCACCCUAUCUACCAGUCUUUUACAGGCUCCUGCAGCAGGAAGUAGGCGAUCAUGAAUGGGUGAAACCCAGGGGCUCCGAGAGUGAGCUAGAGGCUGCCUGGGCUGAGUUCUGGGAUGCGCUCGAUUGGGUUCGCCUCCAGAUGGAAAAGCCUUGGGGAACCAGUUUCAGAGCAGCUUUCGGCAAGCUCCUGCCGUUAAGGGAAAGGCUCGCACUCCCUGGCAUGGCCGCUUCGGCCCGAUUCGUUGGAGGAGAUGCCACGCUAACCAGGCUCGGAAGCACUGAUUGGAAGGAUAGAUGCUACCACAUGGCGGACAGCAGCAGAUACGUCAGGGCCGUGAACGAAGUCGUAGGGGGCGGAGAUCACUUGGAGAUCAUCGGAGUGAUGGAGCUUCUGACGUUCAUUGUCCUGGCAGCGGCGCGGAAGGAAACCUGGCAGGGGCAACUGAUCCUUUAUGUGACUGACAACAUGAAUGUCAAAGGAAGGUUACGUACCAGGCGCGCUUCAAACAGAUACGUGAGGGCGCUCUUGCUGCUGCUCCAGCGGCUCGAAGCGGAGAAUAGCUUCACUGUCGAUGGAGCGUACGUCCGUCCCUACCACAAUACUCUCAACGACUGGCUGACAAGGGAGGAUGAAGACAAGGUCCAUGCGGAAAUGGAAAGCAGUGGCUGGACCCGCCUCGAGCUCAAUGAGGACUGGGAAGGACUCCUGCGAGAAGCCAUGCGCCCCACGUUGAAGCUACCAGGGGAGAAGGGCCCGAGUGCAGCUUUAGCCAUUCAGCUGGCCAACGAACAGCAAACCGUGCAUGCCUUCCCCGCCAAGAUCGAGCCAAAGCCAUUCAAAGGGGGAACGGCCGACGAAAAGGAGAGAGUUCAAGCAUGGCGAGCUGCACAAGUCAACGAGUGUCAGAUGUUACCUCUGCGAUCCGCAGAGGAGUCAGGCUCACAGGUGAGCGUCUCAAGAUCCCAGGAGGCACCCUGUUGGAAGGUGGGACGGCCGGGUCUGGUCCGUCCUCUCCUCCCAGAAGAGGUGUGGGAAAUGCAAGGGGGCCUCGCAGAGGAUUGGCGUUCCGCCGACUCGAAGAGAAAGGUGAACCACUUUGGGUUUGACGAGUCUGAAGUCGACUAUGGUGAUGACGAUGAUCGAACCCCUGAGGACAAGCCAGAAGAUGAGGAGCUGCUCGAGAAGACCAAGACGAAAGUGGAAGCUUUCCUGCGAGCACCCCCAGAGAUGAGGAAGACGCUUCGCUCCCAAGCAUGGAAGCGGUGCAAGAGCAAACUGGAGGAGCUCAACUUUGAGUUCAGCACUCGUCCACUGCCCGAAAUGCACCCAGGCAAAUUCGAGAAGGAUCUCAAGGAUGGCUUCACCUAUGCGGAGGCCAAACAACGCCAAAAGGGCCGGCAACGGGCCGCCCGACAUCAGCGAGCCUUGGCUGAAAUGGAGGGUGCCUCCUUUGAGGAUUUCCCGAAAUCCUGGUCACAUGGGUAUUCCAAGCAAGCCCUGAAGCCGGGUUUCCUCGAAGAGAAGAACAAGGAGCGGGCCCGCCGAAAAGCUACAAAGGCCAACUAUCGAUCCGAUAGAUCACGCAGCACUCCACCACCUCGCCAGUCAGCUGCUCCAGCUGCUGCAUCCAACCAGGCUGAAGCUGAAAGCACGGCCAACUGGGAAGCAGGAAGUCAAUGGCACGACUGGCAAGCGAGACGCAGCAGUGAGUGGCAAUGGCAUCAACCAGAUGUCACACAACGGAGAGAUGCAAAUGCCGCAGACGAUGACGACUGGGGCAACUGGACCAGAGAUGGGCAACGAGGCAGCAACCAAGAUGGCUGGUCCAGCUAUGACUAUAUGGAAACCAUCAGGAUCGACAGUGGAACCAGUGAGACUUUGCCGUGGCAAUUCUGCAUUCAUCCGUGUUCCAUGGAGGCUUCAACGUACUGUGCAGCUUCUGCAGCAAAGCCGAAAGCCAAAUCUGAAUUGUUGACGAUUUUUUGGCUCAAACAUUUGCUGCUCGGAUAG